CCUGCGUGAAACACGUUCCAAGCAAGAAAGAGAUCCCGACUAGAGCAUCUACAACGCUAUGCCAAAGAACCCCGUUGACGGCGCUGCCGAGACGACUCUGAUAUCCCUCAGUGUGCCACUUUCAAGAAUCAUACGCGCAGAUUCAAAUAUCGCAGGGGGACCGUCAUGGUCAAGGACAGAUCCCCCUUCUCUCAACAGGGUAAAGUGGACCUUCUGCUGCCAACUACCAAAGAACAGAAUACGUGGGAUCUGCAGCACUCAGCAGGUUCGAGGUUUCAUCUGCAUGCGCCAUGACGCAGUUCGGUGGCUCGGUAAACCACCACACAAGUCUAUUGAGUGCUCAGAGACUGAUUUCUCUGAUUCUAAAACGUGCAACAUCAAAAUGUCCACUCUGCCUUGUAACACACUGAAACACGAGUGCUGGGUAGUUAGCACUCCAACCGUGUACAGAGAUCGAACACCAAAAGCCUUUGACGACGAGGUUGACCGUUGUGGAAGAAGGCGUUUUCCCAAGAACAGGAAGACGCUUGUGGGAAUUCGCUUGUCGAGCUUAGACAAGCACGCCUCGCUACCCUUUUACCUGUCUGUUCUGGAGUUCCGUCUAAUAGGCGUUUCAUUCUCCUGUUGCCGCUCCUCGAACUUUGAGAGGCGGCGCUGCUUCUACGUAUAGGCACGCGCCAGCGGAGUGUGCGUGUGCGUGUGUCGCUGUGCAUGUGCGCUACCGUCAAGGCGGGAAAUGCGGGCAGAGAAUUCCGGUUUUUCGCAGAAAUCCGUGCGCUUGUGGACACCCCUCGAGUCCGUCCAGCCCCGUACCGCUUGCAGUUUUUCUCUGUGUCUUCUUUGGAAGGUCUGCCUUCUUUCCUGCGGCGUUUUGCGGACACAUCUGCGGACUCGUUCAGCGAGCAUUUCCCGUGUGGGUGGCGCGUUUCAGACAUUUCCAACGAAUCGUCCGUGCGUUUUUUCUAAAAAAAUGGCUUCCGCGCUUCGCCGAAUUACCGCGAGGGCGGCAAGCCCCGCUUUCCCUUUCACUUCCCUGCAAUCCUCGACUUUCGCCAGAGCACUGUCGACGAAGAGCGCAUGCGUCCGUCCGCAGCUGCUUUCUUCGGCGCUCUGCAACACAGUUUCCUCGACUUCUUCCUCCGCUUCGUCUGGACUGGCCGUUUCUCCUGUCCAGAAAUCCGGUAAUCCCGACGCUUCGCCGCGCUUCUUUGCCUCCGCUGCCUCCGUGGCUACUGGGGGGGCAUUCAACUUGGAGGGGAAAAUCCACGUUGCGAACCCAGUUGUGGAGAUGGACGGCGACGAAAUGACCCGCAUUCUAUGGGCGUGGAUCAAAGAGAAACUCCUGUUUCCGUACGUCGAAAUUCCCCUCGAGUACUACGACUUGAGCGUCACGAACCGCGACCAAACCGAAGACAAGGUGACGCUCGAGGCAGCAGAAGCCAUCAAAAAGUGUCACGUCGGAAUCAAAUGCGCCACCAUCACCCCCGACGAAGGCCGCGUCAAGGAAUUCAACUUGAAAAAAAUGUGGAAAAGCCCAAAUGGUACUAUCAGAAACAUUUUGGACGGGACGGUGUUUCGCGCUCCGAUUUUGAUUAGCAAUGUGCCGCGUCUGGUGCCUGGGUGGAAGAAGCCGAUCGUGAUUGGUCGUCAUGCCUAUGGCGACCAGUACAAGGCAGAGUCUCUCGUCUGCGACGGUCCGGGAGACUUCACGAUUUCCUUCACCCCAGCUGGAGGUUCGCGCGUGGAGAAGAAAGUUUUCUCCUUCAGCGGCCCUGGCGUCAUGCUCGGCAUGUACAACACAGAAGACAGCAUCCGCGGAUUCGCUCUCAGCUCCUUCAAAUUUGCUCUGCAACAGAACAUGCCGCUGUAUCUGAGCACGAAGAACACGAUUCUGAAGCAGUACGACGGAAUGUUUAAAGAUAUUUUCCAGUCCUACUACGACGAGCAAUUUAAGCCUCUCUUUGAAAAGCAAGGCAUUUGGUAUGAGCACCGACUGAUCGACGAUAUGGUUGCGCAGGCUCUCAAGUCCGAGGGUGGCUUCGUUUGGGCGUGCAAAAACUACGAUGGAGACGUUCAGUCCGAUAUUGUUGCUCAGGGCUACGGCUCUCUCGGAUUGAUGACUUCCAUUUUGGUCUGCCCGGACGGAAAGACUGUCGUAAGCGAGGCUGCUCAUGGCACGGUCACGCGUCAUUACCGCCAACACCAGAAAGGCCAGAAAACCUCGACGAAUCCAAUCGCCUCCAUUUUUGCCUGGACUCGCGGCCUCGCGCACAGGGCGAAGUUGGACGGCAACGACCGACUGGGGCAGUUCUGUCUGGCGCUCGAGCACGCAUGCAUCCAAACCGUCGAGAACGGAGCGAUGCCGAAGGAUCUUGCCCUCUGUGUCAAAGGCGCAGACAAAGUCACGGCCAGCGACUACCUGACAACAGAGGAGUUUAUGGACGCGAUCUCUGACACACUCAAGAUGAACUUGAUCACUCGCCAAGCCCCGCAUGCGGACCAAGGCGUUGGGGGCAAGUUAUCGAACUCGAAUUGGGAACACUACGCAGCCUCUGAGCACAAUUCGUCUGUGGACGACCAUGAUGACAACCAGAGACGAUGAGUGGUGUUCGAAGCGUCUUCGCGAGUCGAGCCGUACGUUUCGCUAGUUACUGGUCCCUCCAGACGCCGAGGGGGGAGCCCAGAGACACAGGGAGGCGAAGUAUCGCGAAGGUAUCUUCUCCCGAAGAAGGCGAAACAGCGAAUAAGGUUUCUCGAGUUGCAUUUGCUGCUUUGCGGUCUGCCGGGGAAGGAAGAACUCAGAAACUGGGAACUCAGACCAGUGUGUGCGCCGCCUCCGGUGUCCACGACUAUUUGAAACGCUUGUCUUCUUUCGACUCUUCCAGAGUUGUCAUUCUCAGAGAAAACGACUUGGGCUUCGUCCCCGCCUUGGGAACAUCCGAGUUCCAAGGACGCGGCUGCGACUCCAGCUGCUGCUCUGAGAGUCGAGUCACCAGGCGUUUCGCGGCUGCUGUAGCCGAACCGCCCUGAACUGCUUAAUGCCGCUGCACGCGGUGAACACAGUAUCCAGCAACAUGAAAGUUUUUUCGACG